CAGUUUAUGAUUAUCUGUGGUCGUUUUUGUCGCCGAAUGAUAUGUCAUUUUCGAGUCCCGCAAAUCGCUUCAAGUUUGAGUAAAAUAAUUCAUUUUAAAAACAAAACGUAGUGUGAAACAAUAAAAAAUGUCGAUUUUGGCGUACAAUGGUGGUGCAGUAGUAGCGAUGAAGGGGCAGGACUGCGUGGCUAUCGCCACAGACAAGCGCUACGGUAUCCAGGCACAGACCGUGUCCACAAACUUCCCGAAGGUGCAGCGGAUGGGUCCCACACUGUUUGUGGGACUGCCGGGGCUUGCUACUGAUACACAGACCGUGUAUCAGAGGCUAAAGUUUAGAAUGAACCUGUACGAGCUGAAAGAGAACAGAGUAAUGACUCCCAAAACAUUCUCCGCCAUGCUGUCCAACCUGCUGUACGAGAGGCGCUUCGGACCCUACUUCAUCGAACCCGUCAUUGCCGGACUGGACCCCUACACUUCCAAACCUUAUGUGUGCAAUAUGGAUGUGAUUGGCUGCCCGAAUGAGCCAGAAGAUUUCGCAGUGUCGGGUACUUGCGCCGAGCAGCUAUACGGCAUGUGUGAAGCCCUGUGGGAACCCAACCUCAAGCCGGAUGAGCUGUUUGAGACCAUCUCACAGGCGCUGGUGAACGCGGCGGAUCGCGACGCCAUCUCAGGCUGGGGCGCCGUCGUAUACAUCAUCGAGAAGGACAAGAUCACCGAGAAGCACGUCAAGACGAGGAUGGACUAGUUAUACUAUUGCACACUUCUCUAUAUACAUUUAUUAAUAAACUAUGAAAAUCU